AGAAUAACUAUCACGCUUUUUGUAACAAUCUCUUUUUUACAUCUCUCUUGAUUUUUUUUAACCGUUUUUAUUUCUUGCGAUUUGAAAGGGUGAGCGACAACACACUGGUUUGGUUUAUAGUUGCAGAACAUUGUCAAGCUCGCUUUCUCCCUCUCCGUCACGUCUCGUCCACUCCCUAUCUUUUCUCUCACAGGUUUCACCGAUUACCCGCCUUCUAUAGCCGUCCUUGUCCAUCGUAACACAACAGAGAAGUAUACAAGUUCCCUAUACUCGUAAACGCCCCCCACUCUUAAAGAUCACGGUCGCAGGUUCAUCCUGUCUGUCAUUGUUUCUCGUUUACUCUCUCCCGAUCCCUUUCUCUGUCCUCGUUCAUCAUCUCAUCGUAUUCUCUAAGUACGUAUCUUCUCUCUUACCCUUAACGUCUUCCACUAUAUCUGUCUUCGUCUAAUGCACGCUUCGGCUCGCUUUAUCCCCCAAACGAGGUACGUUUCUGCGACUCGCGCAUCUAGGGUUGCGAUUCGAGAGGGUAGAGAAGGCUGACGAGAGUGGGGAUACGGAGUACCUAGUGGGGAGACCAGGGUCGAAGUGGGGGAUGUUUGACUACAGUGAGCGCGACUCGAUUGUCAGUUAGUAUUGGGUUAGGUCAGCCCAGAGUAACAUCGUUGGUUGUCGUCGUUCUUCGUGGUCGAACGGCGACAUUUGUUGUUUAUAGUAGAAUAGUAACACGUUUUUACGUACCUUGUUUAUCCUUUUGUUCGUUUUUCCCUUUCUUUUUUUUUUUUUUUUGUUCAUUUUUCUUCACCUGCUUGGUUCCAUGGGACACGCGCCAGUUUCACUACAAACGUCGAAACAGAAUCGUCAAGAAAAAUAUCGUCGCAGUUUAUUACGAAGAGAAUUCGAUAAUUUUCCAGUGGUUUCUCAUCAUCCGUAUUUGGAAUAAAAAAAGAACUUGAAUCAUCAGAGCAGCGUCAAAAGCGAUCUUUCUUAUGUGUUGUGUUAUGUGUUCUUAUGGUGAAAACACGUCGUACAAUGGCACUGUCUUAUCUUCAAGAGGCGCAAAUUAACGCAGGACUCAUAAGCGGCCAGCAUCUCGACAUGAAACAAGAAUCCGACAAGCAACCACUCUCACCGCCGUUGAACAACAACACGUCACAAGUGAUGUUCCCCGGAAUGGGAGGAACGACGGCAGGCUUGUCCAUGCUCACCCCUCAGCAGUUGCUCGCGGCGAGCAGAACGGCGGCCUUGAUGGCCGCUGGUAUCCCCGUGUCGUUGCACGCAACCCUUGCGGCGAGCCCGUCUCUCUACAGGCAGCACCAGACGUUGUUCGGUGGUUGGGCACCGCCGACCGCUUCCUCGCCCCCUUCGCCUCUCCACCACUCACCCGGCCCCGUGUCGCCCGCGUUGAGCUCCAAAUCCACGUCCAGGCGCGGCAACAACACCGCGGUCACCACCGCCAACAACAACAACAACAACAACAAUAACAACAACGUGGUGAGCAGCAGCGGCGACAGAAUCUCGAGGAAGGGGCAAACGGCGAAGAAGAAGGCGCAGAAAUCGUCGAAGAUGGAGGUGGUGCAGGCACCGUUGGAGGGUACGGCGCCGCUCAGUCCGCCCAUCUCGGUCAGCCCCGAGGUGGGCAAAGACGGAAGGGACAAGGUGUUCACCUGUGGAGUGUGCUCCAGAUCGUUCGGUUACAAACACGUGUUGCAAAACCACGAGCGCACGCACACGGGGGAGAAACCUUUCGAGUGCCCGGAGUGUCACAAAAGAUUCACGCGGGACCACCACCUCAAGACCCACAUGCGGCUGCACACGGGCGAGAAGCCGUAUCACUGCAGCCAUUGCGACCGGCAGUUCGUCCAGGUUGCAAACCUGCGCCGCCAUUUGCGCGUCCAUACCGGUGAACGGCCGUACGCGUGCGAGCUUUGCGCCGCGAAAUUCAGCGAUUCGAAUCAGCUGAAGGCCCAUCUGCUAAUCCACAAGGGCGAGAAACCGUUCGAGUGCGAGCAUUGCCAGAUGAGAUUCAGACGGAGGCAUCACCUGAUGCAUCACAAGUGCGGGACCCAAGGGUUGAACCCGUUGCAAAUGUCGAGAUCGCAGGUCACGUCUCCUUCGUUGGCCAGCGACGACCUGGACGAGGAUAUCGACAUCGAUAUAGACGUCGAGAUAGAGGAGCCCGAGACGACGACCACGACCACCACCACCUCCUCCUCCUCCUCGUUGAUCGGCAGAAAGGCGAGGGAGGCGAGAUCGGCGCAUCGCCAGUUGCCAAGCCCUCAAAUCGUCAACGCCUCCAUGCCCAUGCCGUUGAACCUGUCCGGUAUCCCCAUCGAUCUGCCGGAGCAAACGGAGCCCGAGGAUCUGUCCAUGUCGACGGGCAUGCACAGGCCGCACUCGCACUCGAACAGCAGCGGCGACUCCCCGAUCAGUCGUAGCCCGAGCAGCGACGCGAUCCACGAAGAGGACGAGGAGGAGGACAUGGACGUGGGCGAAAGGUCGAGCAUCACCACCACCACCACCACCACCACCACCACCGCCACCACCACCAUCACCACAACCGCCGUCUCCACCCGAAUCUUUCCAGCCAUUUCAGGUGAGAGAAAGAAAGAAACUAUGAGGGAGAGAAAUUCGUGUAUUUAGUUAAUCGUUGUAUCAA